AAAUAAAAACACUGUCACUGAUUCGCUGAACGAAAUGCGAAUUGCAAUUUCCGAAUCAGUUGUGAUCAAUUUGUCAUUUUAUACUGUCAAAAAGACCAAAAUAAUAUUCGGGAGAUAGUUAUAAAAUUCGUAAUGCGUUCAUAAUUUAACAUUUUUUACCCAUAGUCAAUACAGCUGUUAUACUCAUUUAGAUUAGGAACAUAAUGUCGCCGCGAAAACAGCCUCCUCGUUUGUUCAAAUUGUGCGUAAAAAAAUUAUUAAUUUUGAUCAAUUCAGCUUGUUACGACAUAGAAAGAACUUAUCCCGAAAACAUGUUCGAUGAAUGUGAGAGGAAGGCCCUAGCUUUAAAGAGUGAAUUGAUGUCAUUGUUGCCAUACAGGUUAUUUGAUGUCCUCUGUUCGGAAAGAACUAGCUGUCAGUACCGCGGCGACCCCCGCAUACAACUCCACGUCUUGACACAUCCCUACUUGACCGUAUUUCGUAAAAGUGAUCUGGAUAACGGGAUCCCUCACCAAUUCUGGAUCGACAAUCUUUGCAAUCUCAAUCGGCUUGUUGUUCUUGACCUCAAAUUCAUUUGUACUGACGAAAUACUCGCAAUUAUUGGCGCAAAUUGUCUUUUACUCGAAGAAAUUAACAUUGUCUCAAAAUUAGAUUAUUACAAAUCCCCUUCCAACGCGUCAGUUUUGGCCAGAAGCGUCUCCAACGUUGGCCUUGCUUCAAUCAGUAAUUUAAAACAACUCCGCAAGUUGGCUAUGGAUCCUCCCAAGGGUGAGAGAGCGAAACGUAUAGGCCGAUGCGUAUCUCAAGAUGGUAUUGCUAGGCUAGUCAAAGAGCUUCCACUUCUAGAGGAAUUGAAAAUCGAAUCUUGUGAUAUCAGUUCUCUUUUAAGGGAUGUUGGGCCUCUACGUCUUACAAAAAUCAAUUGUUACUUCCCAUCGGCUGAGAGUAUGGCAAAAAUAAUUACUAUGUUUCCCUGUUUAAAGGAGCUUUCGGUGACGAACUUGUCGAUACCCAGUACUGAUGAAUUUCUGACGCCAGUUUCAAAAAGCGAUUUGAGACUGAGUAGGCUAGAGUUGUUAUAUAUAACCAUUAAGGAGUCUACGGAGCAGUUUUUGACAGUAAAAGGGAUGUAUUUGACACACUUAUCACUGUGGGAACAUGAACUAUCGUUGACGAUGGAAACUUUGAUGUGUAUAGGAAAGAAUUGUCCGCAUUUAAACUCGCUUUGUUUGUUGACUAUGUCCAAGUACUUGAUAGUACCUCGGUAUUUCCGACGGCCGCAGAAUAUUUUCCAAGAGCUAGAGACAUUGACGAUAGGGACCGACGAAUAUGACAUCAACAAUAUGUUGUGUUUUUUUUUGGAUUGUACAAAUAAUGUGCAAAAAUUAGUGGUGAAGUACCAGAGUCACGUGAAUAUUAAUGACAUAAUGUCAUAUUUAUUACAGAAAGGCCGUCUGAGAACUAUGAAUGACUUGUGGUUAGAUUGUACGUUACAGGUGUCGAAGGAUAUAGUGAAAUCCAUUGUACAGUUGUGUGAAAAUCUCCAAACGUUUACAGUGAAUUUGGGCGACGACGUCGGUGAAAUACAAAAAUUCCUUAUCGCAAACAACUAUGAUUUAAAACUGGGUAGUUAUUAAUUUGCUUUUGUAGUUGUUUAGGUGUAAAUAUCAGAUUUUAUAUGUAAUUUAGUUUAAUCCUUUACCAUCGUGUAUUCCUCAAGCAACUGAACUUGCGGUUGAAAAAACCGUCUCAUUUGAAGUACAUUAUGUAUAAUUAUUUAUUUUCGUAUAAAUAACCGUGGGCAGAUAGGUGAUCUUUACUGUUGUACUGAUCGUGAAAAUGUUUGGCAGAAGAGAAAGCUUCAAUAAAUGCCACUCGCUUACUGAGUAGGUUUUUUCCCGCAAGUAUAUUUUGAAAUUUAAAUGUUUUAUAUUAAAUAAAAUUUGAGAACAUUA